GUUGUCACCGGUUUUGUGGGCGCAAUGCUCCUGGCCUUGCAUCUCUAGACACAAAACGGUGCCAAUUGCAGGGUGGGUGAAGUUCUCCUGUUGAUCCCCGUACUGUCCGAUCGUGGCUCCGUCUCCUGGUUUCACUGGGCGGACCCAGACAGUAGUAGUACUUUAGAUCAGCCGGCAGUUCGUCCUGACAGGCAACCACACCGUGACACCUCUUCGUCACGGUGGCCGGGGAGCUCUGGCCGCUUUUCGAUGUACUAUAUUUUCCCAUAGCCCUCCAUGGCACUUGAUUGAUGCGAUAGUUCUUCUCUAAUACCGCUUUCCUUGUCCAGUUUCCCGUGUUGACGCGACGUGUCCUGUCCUCCGCCUUCGUCGAGCCUGUUUCCCCCGCACUUCCGGCCGGUCACCAUGGUGCGGUUACCAUUGCCACAACGUCUCAGCAGCCAUCUGAGCACGAAAAGCAAUAACCCCACUCCCGGUCAAAGUAGGAGUACAAGCCCGAUGCGAAUGCCAGAGCAGAAGCCGUUGAUCCUGAAAGUCUCCGUCAUUCGGGGACGAAAUCUUGCAGCUAAGGAUCGAGGAGGGACUAGUGAUCCGUACUUGGUAGUCACGCUCGGAGACGCACGACAAUCAACACCCACAAUUCCCAAGACCUUGAAUCCAGAAUGGAAUGUGACAUUCGAGAUGCCAGUGGUUGGCGUACCGCUGUUGGAGUGCAUUUGUUGGGACCAUGAUAGAUUUGGCAAAGAUUACCUGGGCGAGUUCGACAUAGCACUGGAGGAUAUCUUUCAAAACGGUGACGUUCAUCAGCAGCCGAAAUGGUAUACACUCAAGUCCAAGCGAAAACCAACUAAAAAGAAGGACAGUAUGGUCUCUGGGGAGAUUCUUCUGAAAUUUUCACUCCUCGACGCAUCGAAUCCGAACGCUUCGCCAACGGACACCUAUCUCAAAUUCAAAACUAUGGUGUCUUCUGGAGAUGAGGAGGAUGAUUUCCCGCAGAUCCCGUCCAUCACGCUGGAUGAUGUCGACAGAGAGGAAGAAACCUCGGAUGAGACAGACGACCCUACGAAACCUGAGGUCGUUGAGAAGAGAAGACGCAGGCUACGGCUCAAGCGCUUGAAGCGCAAAUCUCUUGCCGCUAGAGCCUAUCAAUUCUCGGGUGCUGGUAACGGAGUACAGGGUAUCGUUUUCAUGGAAAUUGUCAAAGUGACAGAUCUUCCGCCGGAACGGAAUGUAACGCGCACUUCCUUUGACAUGGAUCCAUUCGUGGUCACAUCUCUCGGCAGAAAGACGCUUCGAACGCCGGUCGUGCGUCACAAUCUCAACCCAGUUUACAACGAGAAGAUGGUCUUUCAGGUUAUGAAACACGAACAAUCUUAUACUAUCGGGUUCACCGUCAUGGACAGAGACAAGUUCUCUGGGAAUGACUUUGUCGCUUCCGCUUCGUUCCCGGUCCAGACGCUGAUCAAGUCCGCUCCCGAGGCCGACCCCGAAACCGGUCUAUACAAAUUCGUCGACCCGACUCUGGAUCCCACAGGGGCCGAGCAAGGUCAUUCCAGCCGGCCCUCAGAGAUAAGAAUUGCCAUCAGCAGAUCACCUUCGGCCAACAGCUUGUCAACGUCACCCAAAUUUGGCACAACACCCAGAGGUUCUUCUACAUCCUUAUCAAGCCAGACACUGCAGGAACAGUCUUCGACAUUGCUAACUCCACGGAGUAUCCCUGAAAUUCCCGAGAGCAGCCAGCCCUCCACCCCAACAGCGGCCAGUUUCGAAGGCGAUCCGAUCGGACCGCUCGAGUCGAAUGGCCUUCAGGUCUAUCGGAUACAACUAGCCCUGAAAAACAAAGAAAGAUGGGAAGAUAAACACUUCCCUGAAUUAUUUGUCAAGGCGAAAUACAUGCCUUAUCGUGCACUGCGGCAGCAGUUCUGGAGACUCAUGCUUAGACAGUAUGAUGCCGAUGAGAGCGGCCGGAUCGAUAAAGUUGAGCUCACGACAAUGCUUGACACUCUUGGGUCAACCCUGAAGGAGUCUACGAUCGACAGCUUCUUCGAACGGUUCAGCUCGGAGAAUGAGCCCAGUGAUACUAUGGAUCUGACAUUCGACCAGGCUGUGAUAUGCCUGGAAGAUACACUUCAGGCUCUGCAGAAAGAUCCCGGCUCACCCCCAAAGAAACUCUCGCCCACGCCGUCGACAGCUAGCCGUGAGAGUGAUGAACAAUCAAGUGGUGAUGAGCUCACCAUGGAACCUCGCUCCCACAAUGCCAAUCCUCAGACUACUUCAGUACCGACAUUGUCGAGUGAUGAGCAGCCGAGUUCCACGGAGGAGGACCUCCUUCCAGAUGACCUGGGAGAUGAACGAGGUGUGGAACACGUUAUCGAACUCCGAGAAUGUCCUCUAUGUCAUCAACCGCGCCUCUCGUCACGCUCAGAUGCCGACAUUAUCACACACAUUGCUACCUGUGCCAGCCGGGACUGGAGACAGGUGGACAACCUCGUCAUGGGUGGAUUCGUCACAUCGAGUCAAGCCCAGCGUAAGUGGUACACCAAGGUGAUCACCAAGAUCUCCUAUGGCGGGUAUAAGCUGGGUGCCAACUCGGCCAACAUCCUCGUUCAGGAUCGAAUCACUGGCCAGAUCAAUGAAGAGCGUAUGAGCGUCUAUGUCCGGCUGGGAAUCCGGCUUCUAUAUAAGGGCCUCAAGAGUCGAGAAAUGGAAAAGAAGAGAAUCCGCAAGAUCCUGAAGUCGCUCAGUAUCAAACAGGGCAGGAAGUACGAUGACCCGGCAUCGGCCAGUCAGAUCCGGGAUUUUAUCAAUUUCCAUCAACUCGAUAUGUCUGAGGUCUUGCUCCCAGUGGAGAAGUUCAAGAACUUCAACGAAUUCUUCUACCGUGCCCUCAAGCCCGGUGCUCGGCCCUGCUCAGCCCCUGAGGAGCCUGGAAUCGUAGUCUCGCCUGCUGAUUGCCGAGCGGUCGUUUUUGACCGCUUGGAGGAAGCGACCGGAAUCUGGGUCAAGGGUAGAGAGUUCUCCGUGGCUCGACUUUUGGGCGACGCAUAUCCUGAGGAUGUGCAGCGCUUCAAGAAUGGAGCGCUGGGAAUCUUCCGUCUCGCGCCGCAGGACUACCACCGCUUCCAUAUCCCCGUGGACGGUGUCUUGGGCGAGCCCAAGACUAUUGAAGGUGAAUACUACACUGUCAACCCGAUGGCGAUCCGUUCUGCGUUGGACGUUUAUGGCGAAAAUGUGCGAGUUUUAGUACCCAUUGAUUCUGUCGCUCACGGCCGUGUCAUGGUGGUUUGCGUGGGAGCCAUGAUGGUGGGAAGUACGGUCAUCACACGGAAGGCGGGAGAGAAGGUCUCCCGUGCUGAAGAGCUUGGAUACUUCAAGUUUGGAGGAAGCACUCUCCUGCUCCUAUUUGAAGAGGGUGCUGUGAACUUCGACAGUGACCUGGUGGACAACUCAAAGGGUCCUUUGGAAACAUUGAUUCGAGUCGGCAUGUCCGUAGGCCACAGCCCUGGCGUCGCUCAAUAUGAGCCCGACAUGCCGAAGAAGACCGAGGAUGUCUCUUUGGAGGAGAUGCAAGCCGCCAAGCGCCGAAUCGAAGGCAGUCUGGCACCUCCGACUGAUGCGGCGGCCUUCGAAUAGGAGAGGAACAGCGCGUAACAUGCGUGAAUCUUUUCGCGAUCCUCUUGAGGCGACUCAAAUGAUGAAUUAUUCAUUUCGGGCGUUUACUGGUACAUGAUCACGGCCGGGAGCCGUCAUAGCGAUUUGCAGCACACUUGUAAAGAAUACUUACCUACCAUGACGAAGCCGAACGACUACUGGAAGCAAGCAAUCAUGCGGGGCUGUACACAUUGAUUAGAUACUAGAACAUACGUAAUGGACAUAGUUGCAAAUAUUGAAU